UCGAUUUAGAAACAAGAGACGAUGCGCGCUCGUAUCCAGUAUGUGUUGUUAUUUACGUUAGUGGUACUUAAUUACGUAACGGCCGAUAAUGCAACACCUACACCUGACCGAAGUGAAUUUAAAAAGUCGUUAUCGAGAGACUGUUCAAACGCCUAUACGACCACCUGCCUGAAAUUGGAUAUUGUUUCGUGGGUUGAUAAGCUAAAUGAAGAUGACGAUUACAGUGUCUUUCCGGGUAUCAGUGUAGUACGUGAAAAUGGAAGUGCACGCGCAAAUACAGCCGAUAUCGUCGCGGAACUGGCGAGGGAGUUUCCAAAUGACGCCGAGGCAAGAUUAGAUGCAUACCUUCUUAGAAAAGUAUCCAAUUAUCUGAACAGUCAUUCCUUGAGGCUGAAACUGUUUGAUAGCGACGCGGUAUCUACUGCUCGUGGUAAGGGUGGAUCUUUCGGGGGCGGCGGCGGCGGCGGCAAGAAGGGCGGUGGUGGCAUGGGAAUGCUUCUGGCAGCUGCAGCUAUGAUGAAGGGUACUUUAGGAGCACUAGCUCUCGGUGGCGUCGCCGCCCUUGCCGGUAAAGCUUUGAUGACAGGCCUAAUUGCACUUAUGCUUGCUGGCAUCGUUGGAUUAAAGUCCCUGACCAGUGGAGGAGGGAAGACUACGUACGAGAUAGUAUCAAAACCAAUUUACAGUCAUUCUAACACGCAUUCCGUGUCCCACGAAGAGCAUGGUGGUCACGGACAUGGUGGAUAUUCGUCGUAUGGACGAAGCUUCGACAUGCCUCUACCUUUGGGCCUACAACCCCAUUACCAACCUUAAAAUAGUUGAAACCAAAAAUUAUUUAUUAAUUAGUUUCCGACUUAAGUAUUUAUUAAAUUAAAUAAAACGAUUUUAUCUUGUUUUCUCAGAUAUUGUGUAUUUUUUUCAGGGAAAAAAUUGUCCAGGUUCUUCGUGAUUUUUGUUAAUGCUGGACUACACAAAUGUUACCUUACCCAGAAAUACAUGUGUAUCUAAUUGAAGUACUUCUGUCAUAUCGUUUUAUAACAAGAGACUACAUUUAGUUAUAAUAAACGACAGAUAAUUCAAUUCACAAAUCUUAAAAACUAACUUAGUUUUGCGCAGUUUACCGAAUACGUGAUAUAACAAUUUUAUGUAUAAUCAACUUUAACAGUGCAUGACCACUGGUCCAAGCCAAAAAAAAACAGUUUUUGAAACGGCACGCGUCCAAAUUUUCUGCCACUUAAUACUAAAUGUAAUCUCCUGUCGUACAGAGACUUUAAUGUAGAUAGUAAUGUCCGUAAAUUUCCUCCAAUUACUUAAUUUGGCAAUAAAAAAAUGCUGUUAAUUUUAGGUGCUUUCAUAAUAUAUCUCUAUUAUGGUAAAUAUUAACUUUACGACUGCAGAUCUAACUUAUUACUUUACCAACGUUUAGCUAAGCAACACUGCCCACAGUUUCAAUACUUAAUGAAGUUGUUUAAAAAAAUAUUGGUAAGUAUUAAAUUAUUACAAUUUUAAUGCUUUUCG